UCAUUAGGUUCGACAAGAUUAAACUAAAAACGGAUUCAGAACAUCCCUCAAGAAACAAACUUACGAGAUAAAAAUAAUAAAAAAUCUUUGUCCUAAAACCGGAAGCCCAGAUCAUAUAAAUGUUACUGAACUAUUUAAACCGUUUUUGUCAAGCCCGGAACUUUACCAAGGGAAAAACCGACGAUGAUUUGUUUAAGGGUUUGAUGAGGAAGUUAAAAGAAGUUUCCUUUUAGAAAUUCUAUAACAAAUUUGAAUAUCCUAAUAAGGUGUAGUGGGAAUGACAAGAAAGAAAGAGAAAGAUGUAGGGAUAGGGCAUGAAAAUGAUGGAAGUGGAUACCACCAAUUGGAAAUCCAAUCUGAUGGCUAUAGGAUAUUACUUUGACUUUGAAGUUUGUUUCACUGAAAAUAAAAAUAUAAAGAAAAAACAAAAAAAUGUGGAAUUAGUUUCCCCAAUUGUAAUAAGAAAAGGCACGUUGGGAUUUAGAAUUCAAUGAAAAGCAGUCCAUGCAAUGACCCUUGGCAGAAACUUCCCCCGAAAAAAGAGUUGAGAUAAUGUUUUUUUAUUUAUGACUUCGUCUGUGCUGUACAAAAGAAAUACCCUCCAUCAUCGCCGUUUAUGCCACCAGUAAUGAAUUUAUUCAAUGAUCUUGUGUUUUCACCAUGCAAAUCUCCGAAACAAACUUAAGUAGAAUCUUGACUAGUAGCAGAAGUGUGCUGAAUGCUUUCUUUCAACUUCUGAUCAUUAUGUUCAUGUCUUACAAUUGGAUUACCUAGACGUGGACACCAUCAAUGCCACCCUAGUGCUUAGAGAUUCGGAUACCAUAAAUUCUUCUGGUAAGCGAUUCACCUUGGGAUUCUUUAGCCCCAAUGGCACCACACAACCGUUAUACAGGUAUAUGGUACUAUGUUUGCCUUCUUUUAUCCUGGUGGAUGUGUAAGCGAAGAUGGAAAGUUGGAAACAUGUUACUUCAGCAUAUGAACAAUGGGGAACAUGUCUGUCUGGUUCAAGUGAUAUUGUGCUUCACCGUCACCUGGAUAAAGUUAGCACAAAAGAAAUGCCAUUGUACAGUUUUGAGAUGUUAGCAAAGUUAUUAACAUGGCGAAUAAGCUAGGGAUGGGUGGUUUCGGUCUUGUUUAUAAGGUGAACUUUCUUCAAUCAGAAGGUCUAUGCACUGAAUCUGCUCUUUAUUUUGGUCAUCCUCUCUCUCUUGCUAGGGAACAUUGACAAAUGGAAAAGAGGUAGCAGUAAAGAGGCUUUCAGCAGCUUCUGCACAAGGUGUUAUGAAUGAACUGUUUGUUAUUUCUAAACUCCAACACUGUAAUCUUGUUAGAUUACUCGGAUGCUGUGUGGAGAAAGGAGAAAAGAUGUUAAUAUAUGAGUACUUGCAGAAUAAAAGCUUAGAUGUCCUUCUCUUUGUCAGUCAACUUCUCUUUACUUAACUCCAUUUAACUGUUCCACUCUAUGCAAAAUUGUUUCUUAACAUUAUAUCCCAACAUUUUGCUGCAACAGAGUUCUCGUUUUGAUACAUUGUUUAUUUUAUUCCAGAUGAAACACAGCAUGUUCUUGACUGGAAGAAACGAUUCAGUAUCAUUGAAGGAAAGGAAUUGGUCCAGGCCUCCUGUAUCUUCACAGGGACUCCAGGCUGAGAAAAAUUCAUCGAGACUUGAAGCCCAGUAACAUAUUACUAGAUAAGAACUGGAUUCCUAAGAUUUCAGAUUUUGGAAUGGCAAGAAUUUGGAGGCAACCAAGAUCAGGCCAAGACAGGAAGAGUAGUGGGAACAUAUGGAUACAUGACUGCUGAAUGAGCAAUGAGGGGCCGAUUUUCAGAAAAUUGGAUGUCUUCAGUUUUGGAGUUCUUGUUCUGGAGAUCAUAAGUGGGAAAAGAAACACUUGCUUCUACAAUGAUGAAUUAUCUUUAGGCCUUUUGGGAUAUGCCUGGAAAUUGUGGAAUGAAGACAAUGCAUUAGAUCUGAUAGAUAAGAGGAUCUGGAGUUCAAGCUUCGGCAGGAAUUCAUGAGAUGCAUCCACAUUGGGCUCCUUUGUGUCAAAAAAUCCCCGGUAAAUAGGCCCACAAGCUCAACUGUUCUGUCAAUGCUGAGCAGUGAAAUCGUUGAUAUGCCGAUGCCCAAGCAUCCAGGAUUGACUUAUAGAGUCAAUUGCUCUCCCGUUGGAUCUUCUUUGUCCCAAACCCGCGGCACCAAUAAAAUCACUCUCACAGCGCUAGAGGGCCGGUGAGCCUAUAACAAUAGAAUUCCCAGUCAAAAUCCUCUUGUAAAUCAAAUGACUUGUUCUUUUAUCAUAUGACAAUCACACACAAAAAUAGGUAUGAACAGGGUCAAUUUUCUUAGGUACCGUUUCAUGUGGGAUAUCCGAUUGUAUUUACCUUUCCACAAUGUAACCUAGAGGGGGGGAAAUGAGAGAAAUUUAAUUAAUUAAAUCAAUUCUGUGGGUAGUUUUGGGUCAAUCACAAUUUCCAAUUCUUAGCACAUAGAUAUUCGUGAUGAUUCCAAAACCUCCAUUGGAAAUCCACGUUGACAGCCCUACAAUUGGUUCGCAGUUGGCAUGUUGGAAACUUGGAAUGACAAGAUCAACAUGGCUCGAUUUUGUUUGGUUUGACUCAUUACUUUCAGUUGAAGGUUCCCUUGGUCUUCGUCUAACCGUCUGAGAGGUCUGAAUUACCCUCACCCCACUAGGCAGACGUAAUGUGAAUUAACUUCAAGUUAAACUACUUCAGUUUAUUAUUGUAACAGAAACUAAUCAAUAUAUCGCAAAAGGUGGGGACCUGUUUGUUUCAUGGCAUUUGAGAUGGCAGAUACAUGCAAAUUGGACAAAGAAAUACGAGAAGUCGAGAAUCAUAGGCAAUUUGGAUUUACAAUAGAGAGUACACUUGCGCUUUUGGACAAAUUAGAGAUCUAAAACGGCUGGCUACAUGCAAUGAGUGUUAGGUGGGUAUACACCCACUAGUACCAAAAGUAAGAAGUAGUUUUCUGUAAGUUAUUUACACUUGCAAUUUGAUGAAACCUAUACUGUUCAAAGUAUUUCACUGGAGAACUGAGCAAUGGUCAAUUCUCAAGCCCUGAUUCAGAAGUAUCAAAGAAGAAAGAAAAUGCCAUGACCUUUCUGGCAUUAUUAGCUUCUUGAAUCUAUCUUUUUAACAUUAGCACAGUAUAGCAUGCAGACAACCAAGAUGGCGCUCCCGGCAACCAGAAACUUUUGCUUGAAGCCUUUUCUUGAAUCCCUUCUUGUAAUACUCUUGAUCCCAUGUUUGGGUUCUUGCUUAGAAACAGACACCAUUACAGGGAGUCUGAUAAUUGAAGAUCCUGAUACCAUAGUGUCAAGCGGGAAGGUCUACAGACUGGGAUUCUUCAGCCCUGGAAAUACUACUAACCGGUAUAUGGGCAUCUGGAAUGAUGUUUCUCAGACAUCCAUUGUAUGGGUAGCCAAUAGGGACAAACCUCUCGUUAAUGAUUCUUCUGGAACGAUAACAGUAUCUGCAGACGGCAAUCUUGUGCUUAUGAGUCAACAAAAGGAGAUUCUUUGGUCAUCAAAUGUCACUAAUUCUUCAAGGAAUACGAGCGCUCAACUCCUGGAUUCUGGAAAUCUUGUCUUGCGAGACAACUCAAACGGACGCUUGCUGUGGGAGAGUUUUAGGCAUCCUGGGGACGCUUUCCUGCCAACCAUGAAAAUAACUGACAAUGUAAAUACAGGAGAGAGGGCAGUAAUAACAUCAUGGCGAACUCUGGAGGAUCCUGAUUUUGGAAGUUUUACUGCUGGACUCCAGGCUUUGACAAUCCCUCAAAUCUUCAUAUGGAAUGGGAGUCGGCCGCACUGGAGAAGUGGGCCUUGGAAUGGUCUAAUUUUUACAGGAGUCACAGAUAUGUAUGCUGUCUAUCUUGAUGGCUACACGGUGACUAGGCAAAACGAUGGCACUGUUGUGUUUACUAGAGAUUAUUACGGUGAUCUCUUGAUGAAAAUCAUUCUGAAGCCGAAUGGAAGUUUCGUGCAAACAAUGUGGGAUGUGGCUAAAAGGGAUUGGAACGUCACGUGGGUGGCCCCAAUCGAUGCUUGUGAUUUUUAUGGAUGUGAAAGAAGGAGAACACUGCAGUGCGACAGAAGCAGUAAUUCGAGUGAUAAGAGCAGGGAAGACAGAUUUUCUAAGCUAACAAAUGUUAAGGUGCCUGAUUUUAUUCAGGUGUUACCAGGUAUUAAAGAUGAUUGUGAAGGUCUGUGCUUGAACAACUGUUCCUGCAUAGCCUAUUCACAUGAUCCUGGUAUUGGUUGCAUGUUAUGGAGGGAUAGCUUGAUUGAUGUUCGGCAGUUCCCCAGUGGUGGCUCAGAUCUUUAUGUUCGCGUUGCAUAUUCAGUGCUUGAUGACAAGAGGGACCUAAAGCUGAUAAUCAUAAUCCCGGUGAUCACUGGAUCCGUUGCCUUGUCCAUUUGCAUAUUUGUUUUUAGGAUGUGGAGGACUAAGAAAAUAGGAGCUAAAAGACAAAGCAAACAUGAAAUAGCAGGGAGAGCAUAUCCAUCAGAUUCAAGCGAGAUCGUGCUAAUAGAUGAUAUAGAUGAAGUCAGUCUUGAUGAAUUACCAUUGUACAGCUUUCAGGUGCUUGCAAAUGCUACAGACCAAUUUGACGAGGCUAAUCUACUAGGGAAGGGUGGUUUUGGACCCGUGUAUAAGGGAAAGUUGGCAAAUGGGAAAGAAAUUGCUGUGAAAAGGCUUUCAAGAGCAUCUGGACAAGGGUUAAAGGAAUUCAUGAAUGAAGUGGUUGUGAUUUCCAAACUCCAACACAGAAAUCUUGUCAGUUUGUUAGGCUGCUGUGUCGAAAAAGAAGAAAAGAUGCUGAUAUAUGAAUUCAUGGCUAACGGAAGCCUGGAUUUCUUCCUCUUUGAUCCAUCUCAAAGGAUUCUAGAUUGGAACAAACGUUUCAAUAUAAUGGAAGGUAUUGGCCGCGGCCUCCUUUAUCUCCACAGGGACUCGCGGUUGAGGAUAAUCCACAGAGACCUAAAGCCAAGCAAUGUGCUGCUAGACGAGAACUGGAAUCCAAAGAUUUCCGACUUUGGCAUGGCCAGAAUAUUUGGAGGAAUAGAAGAUCAGGCAAACACUGCUAGAGUGGUCGGAACAUAUGGGUACAUGGCCCCUGAAUAUGCAAUGGGAGGGAGAUUUUCGGAAAAAUCUGAUGUCUUCAGCUUCGGAGUUUUAGUGUUAGAGAUAAUAAGCGGGAGAAGGAAUACGAGCUUCUACAACGAUGAGAUGGCUUUGAGCCUUCUGGAAUAUGCAUGGAAAGUAUGCAAUGAAGGCAAUUUUGAGGUCUUAAUAGAUGAAAGAGUAUCGAGUCCAGAGCUCCUGGCUGAGAUCAUUCGGUGCACACACAUUGGACUACUGUGCGUGCAAGAAUUUCCUAUUAACAGACCAACUAUAUCAAAUGUUCUGUCAAUGCUUGGUAAGGAAAUCGCAGAUCUGCCUCUCCCAGAACAACCUGCAUUUACACAGAAGCUGGGUCGCAAUCCUCCACCGCAUUCCUCCUCGCAGAGCCAGACAAUGACGGGUUCCUCCAAUGAUGUCACUAUUACAGUAAUCGAGGGGGUUCGCAUUGUAGUUUUCUUUGCUCACGGAGAUUUUGUGCUAUUAAGAAUAUUGAAGCUGCUGGAGAAAGGCCCUGAUCUGAAAGAAGAAAGGGACAGGGCCCGGAAAGUUUCAAGAGGGAUUCAAGGAUUUGGCAGCUUCUGCCACAGGGAUUCAUCCGCUGGGCAUGAUGUAUUUCCAGAAUCAUCCCAGAAAGCAUUUGGGAGAUGCAAUUCAGAGUUCAACCAGAAAAUCAAGUAUCUAAGCCCGGACAGUUCCAGUAUUGGUGCGGAUUCCAGAGAAGAUUUGGCUCCAAAUGAAGAAAGCGGGAACUUCACUGGGGAAUUGAAGCCGCUGUUGGAACAGCAGAAAGAUGAGGCAGUCGUCCUCUUAGGCAGCCACCUCCGCCGUUUUCUGCGACCGCCGCCAUCUGGCCUCGGUCAAUUAUUUGUUAAGUGGAUGCCCAUUUGGUGGUUGAUAGUGGUAACCAAACUUGAGACUGCAAACCAUCAGACUAUUGGCCUUGAAUUGGUUAAUGCUAGUGAAGAUGAUCCCGACAACACCCAAGAACUCCAACAGCGGCGAAGUGUCACCAAGCCGAACUUGGAAACCAGAGAUAAAAGCUGGAGCAGGCAAAACUUUGGUACACAAGUCAGCAAUUUGUUGCAUGCUGGAAAUGUGUCAAGGGGCAAUCUUGUGCUUAUGAGUCAACAAAAGGAGAUUCUUUGGUCAUCACAUGUCACUAAUUCUUCAAGGAAUACGAGCGCUCAACUCCUGGAUUCUGGAAAUCUUGUCUUGCGAGACAACUCAAACGGACGCUUGCUGUGGGAGAGUUUUAGGCAUCCUGGGGACGAUUUCCUGCCAACCAUGAAAAUAACUGACAAUGUAAAUACAGGAGAGAGGGCAGUAAUAACAUCAUGGCGAACUCUGGAGGAUCCUGAUUUUGGAAGUUUUACUGCUGGACCCCAGGCUUUGAGCAUCCCUCAAAUCUUCAUAUGGAAUGGGAGUCGGCCGCACUGGAGAAGUGGGCCGUGGAAUGGUCUAAUUUUUACAGGAGUCACAGAUAUGUAUGCUGUCUAUUUUGAUGGCUACACAGUGACUAGGCAAAACGAUGGCACUGUUGUGUUUACUAGAGAUUAUUACGGGAUUGGAACGUCACGUGGGUGGCCCCAAUCGAUGCUUGUGAUUUUUACAAUGGACAAAGGGAACUGGAACCAUGGAUGUGAAAGAAGGAGAACACUGCAGUGCGACAGAAGCAGUAAUUCGAGUGAUAAGAGCAGGGAAGACAUAUUUUCUAAGCUAACAAAUGUUAAGGUGCCUGAUUUUAUUCAGGUGUUACCAGGUAUUAAAGAUGAUUGUGAAGGUCUGUGCUUGAACAACUGUUCCUGCAUAGCCUAUUCACAUGAUCCUGGUAUCGGUUGCGUGUUAUGGAGGGAUAGCUUGAUUGAUGUUCGGCAGUUCCCCAGUGGUGGCUCAGAUCUUUAUGUUCGCGUUGCAUAUUCAGUGCUUGAUGACAAGAGGGACCUAAAGCUGAUAAUCAUAAUCCCGGUGAUCACUGGAUCCGUUGCCUUGUCCAUUUGCAUAUUUGUCUUUAGGAUGUGGAGGACUAAGAAAAUAGGUAAUCUUGGGCAGAGGAUCUGAAACCAAUAUGGGAAUCCUCUUUAUGUGGACGAGAUCGUGCUAAUAGAUGAUAUAGAUGAAGUCAGUCUUGAUGAAUUACCAUUGUGCAGCUUUCAGGUGCUUGCAAAUGCUACAGACCAAUUUGACGAGGCUAAUCUACUAGGGAAGGGUGGUUUUGGACCGUGUAUAAAGGGAAAGUUGGCAAAUGGGAAAGAAAUUGCUGUGAAAAGGCUUUCAAGAGCAUCUGGACAAGGGUUGAAGGAAUUCAUGAAUGAAGUGGUUGUGAUUUCCAAACUCCACCACAGAAAUCUUGUCAGUUUGUUAGGCUGCUGUGUCAAAAAAGCAGAAAAGAUGCUGAUAUAUGAAUUCAUGGCUAACGGAAGCCUGGAUUUCUUCCUCUUUGAUCCAUCUCAAAGGAUUCUAGAUUGGAGCAAACGUUUCAAUAUAAUGGAAGGUAUUGGCCGCGGCCUCCUUUAUCUCCACAGGGACUUGCGGUUGAGGAUAAUCCACAGAGACCUAAAGCCAAGCAAUGUGCUGCUAGACGAGAACUGGAAUCCAAAGAUUUCCGACUUUGGCAUGGCCAGAAUAUUUGGAGGAAGAGAAGAUCAGGCAAACACUGCUAGAGUGGUCGGAACAUAUGGGUACAUGGCCCCUGAAUAUGCAAUGGGAGGGAGAUUUUCGGAAAAAUCUGAUGUCUUCAGCUUCGGAGUUUUAGUGUUAGAGAUAAUAAGCGGGAGAAGGAAUACGAGCUUCUACAACGAUGAGAUGGCAUGGAAAGUAUGGAAUGAAGGCAAUUUUGAGGUCUUAAUAGAUGAAAGAAUAUCGAGUCCAGAGCUCCUGGCUGAGAUAAUUCGGUGCACACACAUUGGACUACUGUGCGUGCAAGAAUUUCCUAUUAACAGACCAACUAUAUCAAAUGUUCUGUCAAUGCUUGGUAAGAAAAUUGCAGAUCUGCCUCUCCCAGAACAACCUGCAUUUACAGAGAAGCUGGGUCGCAAUCCUCCACCGCAUUCCUCCUCGCAGAGCCAGACAAUGACGGGUUCCUCCAAUGAUGUCACUAUUACAGUAAUCGAGGGUCGAUGAUUCCAUAAUUUCCUUUCAUAAGUAUUGUGAGUAAAAUUUCUAUCAAUCUGAAAGACAUUUAUUCCCAGGAGCCAUUUAUCAUGAACUAAAAAACAACGUACUAGUUCUGCCCAGCUAACACAAAGUAUAUACAUAUUCAGAUAGGGCAAAGAAUAUUUUGAUAUGUGUCAGAAGAAUGUUUGCAGUAAACUCACAGUGAGGCAGA